AUGCCUUCCGACGUAAGCAAUGCCGAAUGGGUCCGUUUCGAGCGCGAUCGUGCUCGCGAAAAACUCAUGCCCAUCAAAGUCGAUAUGGCUAUCGUUCGCAAUGCUCUUGAGGCACUUGACCCCACGAACCGAAAGGAGCCUCAGAAUGACAAGAGUCGCAACGCCAAGAAGAAGAAGUGA